UGAAAUCAAUUGCCAUUAAUCAGACCAUGUUGGAGGUGAAAAAUUCCGUAGAGUAGUUUGACCCAACAAUUAAUGCGUACUGGAGCGGGAGCUGGCCUGGGAACAAUUGAGAAGCUUCCCUCGAGCGUUGACUGGGAGUUUGACUGUCGGCUCGAGGAGGAGGAGGGGUACCCGCAGAAAACCCUCCGAUGCCUAAGUUAGUACGUUUCUUAAUUGUGGAGUAGAGAUAGUCGGAAUGAGAUGCAUUACCUGGACGUCGAGCCUUCUUUAUAUAGGCGAUGACUUACUUGGGGAACAAGUCGUCAUUAUUCGAGGGUUUAUGUCUACAUUUAUGUUACAUACUUAUGUCGAUGAUUAUUGCUGUGAUGAUUUCAUAACCGCCAUUACCCUUAAAGUUGCAGUAAACGCCAUACUUAUCGCCGCAAUUACCGUCGUACUUAUAGCCGCAAUGAAGACCCGCAUUUAUAACCAUAUUCAUGACCGCAUAAUCGGCAUAACUACAUGUCGGAAAUAUUUGACUACUCCCACAAUGCCCCCAAAUUUUCUCUAUGGACAUUUGUCCAAUGAGGAAAUUUCCCAAAAUCCGGACUUCCUCUCUGGACACCUGUGCUUUCCCUUUGGACACCCAUAGUGGAAAUCAUCCCCAAAGAAGGCCCCAAAUGGCCUCUGCUUUGACCAGCCCACUCCCUACGCCAUUUCCAGCCACACCUAGCUCGGCCCAAGCCCAAUUUUUGCUUUCUUCCUUUUUUUUUUUUUUUUUUUUUUUGAAACGGGUUAGACCUGACCUGGUUCCUGCUUCUCCCUGCCCGGAUCUGCCCUCGACCCUAGUUCGUGCCCAGUUGCAGCGGUGAUCCAAUUCCGGCCCAAGCCAGCGCUCAUCCAACCAGUUUCAGGCAUGAUUUUGGCCGGAUUUUCCCGUCCUUGGUGCUGCGGGGAUCUCUGGAUUCUCCUUUAAUUGCUUUCCCGAUUCGGCACUGCCCCAUCACUAUAAAGAAGCCCCCGAUCCCGAUCGAUUCCACUCAUCCAUCCUUCAACUUCACCGGCGACCCCUCCAUCCGAUCCCAGCCACUCCAACUAGUCCCAAAGUUCCAGCUCGGCCUGUUUCGGAACGCCGAUCCUCACCCCAAUGGGCCGCAUGCCUCCGCUCCAUUCUUCGUGCUUCACCCACCUCGUCGGGCUGCUAACCCAAUAGAGGCUUGCCGUACCGCCGCCAUACUAGACCCAACACUGUACUAUCGCAGGAGUUCUGACCUCAGCGCCUACCGGUCCUUGCUUCAAACCCAGACUGGAUCGUGCCUCCCUUGCCUCAAUAAGCUUCGUUUCUUCCUCUCGCACCCAUGGUUAGCAUCAAGCACACUGAUUCAGCAAAAAUCCAAAAGAAAACUCCGGAGAGAGUUGAGGAGACCGUGCCAUGGAAGCCGACGGAUCGCGACAUCGAAAAGUACAUCGAGGAGUACUCCAUACCGAAAUCUAUUAAGCUUUCACCUGUCCCUGCGGUCGCCGAUAUUCACACUGGCGAAAACGUGCCUGUUGGUGCCUUGAUUUUGUCCCCUUAGCACCUGAGAUUUAUCAGGUUUCCAAUACACCCUGUCUUCCAACUCAUGUGGGGUGUGCUCGGUUUGCACCCACUUCAACUUAAUCCGCAUGCUUAUCUGCUUAUGUCUGCAUUUUUAAUCAUGGGUUGGAAGUGGGGGGGGGGGGGGGGUCUCCCUGGGACUUCCGGAUUUUCUUUAUCUAUACAAUUGUGCCAGAAUUGGCAAACUCAGAUAUUUUAACUUUACACCAUACCCAAAGAUGAAGGUGGUCGAAGGUUUAUCCAAUAACUAUCGAGGAUGGAAAUCCAGGGCCUUGUUGAUCACUGGUGGAUGGCGCUCCCCUGAGCUGGAUCUUUUGCGCCCGAGAGCGUUCGCAGACGACCUUGCUUACAAACUCUCUCAAGCCAAGGUCAAUCUUCCCCCCAGUCGCAUCGCGUGGUUAGAAAGUCAUCUUGUGCAGCGGGAGUGGUUUCCGUCUCAGUUUGUAACUCGUGAGAAUCUCCUCGAGGCCGCAUCCAACCGCCCAUCAUCUUUAUUUGGCCGUUACCAGGAAAAUAUCGACCAUGCACUCUUUGGGAAGGAACUAGCGCCCCGUGUUGUACAGAUCGAAAACCACUUCUACGUAUUUGAUGACUGCGAAUCAAUAUUUGCAAAGUAUCUCGAGGCCAAGGAUACCUUUCGCUUAAUAGUUCCUUGCUCAGCCGUGGCCACCGUCGAGGGGGACGAAGCAGGAGAAAGCCUUGAAGUAGAGGAAGGUGGGUCCCGGGGUAAUGUUUCGGAUGAAGGAGUUUCAUCUAGUUCGGUAAGGGAACUACCUCAAUCAGUUCCUCCACCUCGAAAGGUAAGAAAACGUAAGGUCGGAGAUCUCGUCGCUAGCGAUGGCCCAUCUCAUUCCUCUCGAGGGGAGCCGAUUCGAGACAUGUCAUCGCAUUCUCCGCUGCGGAGGGUUCAUUUCACUCCGCCACCAAUGCCAGAUACUACCGCUCAUCCAUCCCCUCGAAGUGCCCGUACGUCCUCGGCAACCCUAUCGGUCAUGAUGCCUCCUCCUCCACCCAAAGUUCUAGAAUUAAGUUUCAGGAAACGCGACAACUCCUACAUUCUGCCAGGAGAAUCCAUGUUUGCCAAUGGUCCGGGCGCGUCAGCGGUAGCUAGUGGCUUUGCAUCAUUGAGGCCCAAUUCAGAGCUGCCUCCUAAGAGUCCUAAGGAACUUUACAAUGACAUGUGCGCUUUUCAGCUGGAUGCCCUCAUGGCGUCCCACCACUUUCUACGCAGCCUCGACGCCUUCCAGUUGAAGCAACAACAACAGUUGGACGAGGCCAGUCGCCAACUCAAAUCCCAGGAAGAGGAGCUUAACGAACAGAUGAAAACAAAGGCGGACCUAAGUCACCUCCUCGAGGACAAAGAUCGUCAGACAGCGACAUUGAAAGCUGUCUUGGACUUAGUAACUCGGAGCAAGGAGAAGGAGUUCGAGAGAGGGGCUGCUCAGAUGAAACGCGUAUCAGCCAAAAAUUUUCGGCUGGGGUGGAAUCAAGCCCUGACCAGAGAGGAGGACAUGUGCUAUGGUGGCCUUGACGAAUUCGACCAUUACUACGGAUUUGCCCUCAUGUGCUACUCUCCCAUUCGAGGCAUACUUCCUGGAGACGUUCCCUCACCUACAUCCAGCACUUCGGAGGGCCAUGGCCAUGGGGAUGAAGAAGUGUCCUCCACCCCUCGAUCCAAAUGAAUGGCUAGAGUUCAUUGCAUAGUGAUUGACUUUUGCUUCUUUCUUUCUUUUUUGCAAUUCUUUUGCUCUUACCCUUGUUGGAUUUCUCCUUUGGAACGGUCCCAACUACUGAUGUUUGU